AUGGAGAAAGCACGUCGAGCCAUGUUCUUCUUGUUACUGCUGAUCGCCGAUUUCAGCGUGGCCCAAGACACCGCCGGCGAAGCGGAUGAAUUCCACGUCGGGGUGAUCCUCGACCUGGGAUCGCUGGUGGGGAAAGUGGCGCGGACCAGCGUGCUGCUGGCCGCCCAGGAUUUCUACACGGUCCACCGGAACUACAGCACGAAGCUCGUUCUCCACGUUGUGGACUCCGCGGGCAGUGAUGUCCAGGCCGCAUCGGCAGCUAUUGAAUUACUGGAGAGCUACAAAGUGCAAGCCAUCAUUGGUCCCCAGAAAUCAUCAGAGGCUGUGUUCAUAUCUAAUAUUGGAAAUGUAACCCAAGUCCCCAUAAUAUCAUUCACAGCAACAAGCCCAUCCCUCACUUAUAAUAGUAUGCCGUAUUUUGUACGAGCAACGUUGGAUGACUCAACUCAGGUGAAAAGCAUUGCCGCGCUUGUACAAGCAUGUGGAUGGAGAGAAGUGGUGGCAGUAUAUGAAGACACUGACUAUGGGAGAGGCAUCCUACCAUACCUCACUGAUGCACUUCAAGAAAUUGAUGUCCGUGUUCCGUAUCGCAGCGCCAUCCCUUCGUCGGCUACAAACGAAACCAUUAUGCAAGAACUCGGUGUGUUGAUAGCAAUGCAAACAAGGGUAUUUAUUGUUCAUAUGUCAUCCAUUAUGGCUUCCCUUAUUUUUACGAAAGCAAAAGAGGUAGGGAUGAUGAACAAAGGAUUUGCGUGGAUCACUACAAAUGGAGUAGCAAACAUCAUCGACUCACUCAAUCCAAGUGUCAUUGAGGCAAUGGAAGGUGUCCUAGGAGUAAGGUGUCAUGUUCCCAGAUCACAAGAACUUGAUAAUUUAUCCAUAAGGUGGAACAGAAUGUACCAACAGGAUAACCCAUAUGAAUCACCCUUUAAUAAACUAAGCAUUGUUGGACUAUGGGGCUAUGAUACGAUAUGGGCAAUUGCACAUGCAGCAGAAAAGGUUGGGAUAUCCAGUGCUAGAGAUAAGCAACCAUGGCCCACUAAAAGCUCCACAUGCUUGGAAUCCAUGGUUAUUUCCACUAAUGGUCCUGAACUCUUAUCAGUGAUCGUACAAAAUAAGUUCAGAGGUUUAAGUGGUGAAUUUGACCUUACAGAUAGACAACAGCUUAAAGUUUCUGUGUUCCAAAUAAUAAAUGUGGUUGAGAGAGGUUGGAGAGAAAUCGGGUUUUGGACUGUGAAUGGACUUUUACGGAAGUUAAAGCGAGAUUACUCUAAAAAAACAGGACAAGCAUCAAUGCUUGAUCUAAAUCCUGUAAUUUGGCCAGGAGAGUCCACCGAAAUACCAAUGGGCUGGGAAAUUCCUAGAGUUGGUAAGAAGCUUAGAGUCGGUGUGUGCUCUAGCGAAUUUACAGAGUUUAUAAAGACAUACAAAGAUCCUAUCACAAAUGCAACAACAGCGAGUGGCCUUUCAAUUGACAUAUUUGAGGAGGCAGUAAAGAGGCUACAUCGUCCGCUUUCUUAUGAAUACCUAGAAUUUGACACUGCUGAUGCACCAAUUUCCGGAAGCUACAAUGAUUUUGUUUAUCAGGUCUACCUUCAGAAAUAUGAAAUAGCGGUUGCAGAUAUUACUAUAAGGUCCAAUAGAUCAUUGUAUGUCGACUUCACUGCACCAUACACAGAAUCUGGAGUAGGGAUGAUUGUUCCAGUCAAGGAAAACGUGAAUACAGACAUGUGGCUUUUCUUGAAACCAUUGAGCACUGAGAUGUGGUUUGGCAGCAUCGUAUGCUUUCUCUACACAGGAGUUGUUGUCUGGCUUCUAGAGCAUCUAAUUGGCAAUGAACAUGUUCAUGUUCCGUUUUCACUCAAACAGCUGGCGAUUACAAUAUUCUCCAUUUUUGAAGAGAAGGAAGAGCUGAAACGCUUUCUAGCUAGAAUCGUUCUACGUGUAUGGAGGGUUGUUCUUCUAGUACUUGCAGCAAGUUAUACAGCAAGCUUUGCAUCAAUGCUUACAGUACAGCAGCUUUCACCAACAGUGACCGAUGUUCAUGAACUCCAGAAGAAUGGGCAAUAUGUAGGGUUCCACCAAGGUUCCUAUGUAGAGGGUCUACUGCUUGAUAUUGGUUUUCAUACAUCAAAAAUCAGGCCCUAUGCUACACCUAACGAUUUCUAUAGUGCUCUUUCUAAUGGAAGCAUUGCUGCGCUUGUACAUGAAGUCCCAUACAUCAAACUUUUUCUCGCAAAAUACAGCAAAGGUUACACAAUGGUAGCGCCUAUUUACAAGAGUGUAGGCUUUGCAUUUGCGCUUCCCAGGAAUUCUCCGCUAGCUCCUGAAAUGUCGAGGGCAAUAAUCAACAUAACAGAAGGAGAUACUAUCAUUCAAUUUGAAAAGAAAUGGAUGGGUCAAAAUAGCCAUGAAAAUGAUGGCACACUUGAUGGUUCAGACGCCAUAACUUUUGAAAGUUUUGGGGGAUUAUUCGCUCUAACUGUAAUUGUAACAACCUAUUGCCUUUUGGUAGCCAUGGUGAUGAGCUGCUACAAAAAAUAUCGACAAAAUGCAAGGAACAUAGGAGAGGUGGCCAAAAUGAAUGUGGGCAUGGGCAAAAAGAAGAGGAAACGGGAGAACAGAGGAUAUGACCAAAGUGAAUAUGGACAUGGGCAAAGGAAAAAGAGGAAAUGGAAGAGCAAAGAGAUCAAAAGAGCAAUGGAAACGGAAACUGAAUUGAUAGGGAGCCAAACAACACAGUCAGUGCUUCACAAUCGGAACAGAAACGGUCGCCAGCUACCCAUAUCAGUGCAUCACUGACUCAUAUCAGUGCACAAAUUAGUCGCGGGGACGGGGAGUCGUUAUUAGCUCAAGUUAGUUUCCAACUGAGCAAAGUUCACCUUUCAGGCUCAAAGAUGAACAAAUAAUUAACCGUGAGGGAAGCCGGCUAGGCUGAACUUGGGUAUGUGGAAUUUGCUAUGCAUGCAAAAUCAAGUAAAUUUUCAGUCUACUUAUGCUUCAGUUCACCUUUCAGGCAUCGUUCAGCCACAGCUGAAAAGAUCUAACCGUUCUCAUUAUAUCAUGUACAGUACUUUUCCCGGAAAAAUCAAAGAAAGCUCACUAUGAACCAGGCUAUAUUCUCCUUCAGUAAGAACAUUUCCUUAAAAAUACUUUACAUCUGAUCUAACCAGACGCGCUUUUGUAACGAUCUAGAAAAGGUUGCGUUCUGUUGGCAAUCUAACACCCUAGCUGCAGUAACCCAACAUUUGCAUGGAAUUCACAAGCUGUCUGCCCUGCACCAACAUUCACGGACGCGUACAGACAGUACGUGAUCAAAUUCGAACCAACUCCAAGCGGGAGACAAAUGCACAAGUUGUCAGCCCCAUUUCAGCUAGUACGAAUCAUGGACUUGAGCAGAUAAAUAAAAUGAUGAUUGAUUCAUCGUCACCUUGGAAGAAGAGAAGUCGUGCCAUGGGGGGUCUCAGGAAUCUCAUAAAAUCACACAUUCCAAUCGAGGAACCUUGAUACAUACUACUGUUUAUGUAUCUGUAGAGAGCCCUGUUCUUUUUCCAGUAGCAUGGCAUGGAUCAGAGUUUCCAUUAACA